GACAGAUUUGAUUCUUCUUCAAAUAGCAGGCGAAUGAUGAUGGCAACGCUCUGAUAUAUUGCCCCCGUUUCUUCUUCGCCACAAACUCCUAGUCAUCUUCUACUAGGCCCAAUGUCAGACAUCAAACAGUGAAGAGACGUUUGAAGAGUCCUACCGCGCCCUCGCAGACCUUCUGGCGCUGCCUCGCCGGCACGACCUCAAGGUCAAUGUGCUGGCGCUGGAAGGAUGUCAGCUCAUGCUUCAUGAUCGUCGAUAGCGCCGAUGAUGUUGGUGUGUUUUUUGCGAAAGAGGGCAGUGAAGACGGCGCGCAUGAACCACUGGCUUCACACCUGCCCAAGACGGCUGGCGGCGAAAUCUUAUUCACGUUACGCAGUCUAGACGCUAUAGAGAAGCUCGCCGGUAGCGGUAGGACAAUACUGCGCAUACCAGUCAUGGAGGAGAAGCAGGCGCUACAAGUUCUGCAAAAGGAGCUUGACAAAGAAGUGGACGAAGCGCCUGCGAUUGACCUCGUUUGCCCUCAACCAUAUCCCACUAGCGUCAAUCAAGCAUCAGCCUACAUCAACAGGCGCAGUCCGCGAGGUACUCCUGCGUCGUACUUGAUUGAGUUCCUCAAGAACUAAAGGCGCAGAGACGGCCUACUCCGCAGUGAUGAAAGGGACCUCGGACGCCGCGAUGGCGUAUCUAAUUCUGUGGUCGUAACGUCGCAGGUGACGUUUGAGCAGAUCAGGCGCGAGCGCCCCCAGGCAGCCAAAUUACUGUCUUUGAUGAGCUUCUUUCAAGCUCAGAACAUACCGGAGAGUGUGCUGCACGCCUACGAUGACGCUGAGAGCGGAGAGGAAGUAGGUAACCGGCGAAGCGGUGAAGACGCAGACGCCGAUACCGACGAUGUUGACACACUAGAGACUUCGAGAACGACAUUGGUGUACUACGGGGCUAUUCGCUCAUUACUCCAACAGCGACAGGGCUCUACGAGAUGCACUCUCUAGUCCAAUUCUGCACCCGUUCGUGGUAGAUUUGAAGACGUCAGUGGUCGAGAACCAGUUUUUAGGCUGUCCGCCUUACUGAACGAAUUCAACAGCGUUGCGCAAAGCGAACCAGUUUUUAGGCUGUCCGCCUUACUGAACGAAUUCAACAGCGUUGCGCAAAGCUCCCGCUCCGCAAAUUAACAUCACUACAUAACUCUGUGACAAGAGACGGUGGACUGCUGGAUCAAGGUCUUCAAGGCCCUGAGCUGUCAUUUCGGCCUGUGUACGGCCAACAUGUGAAACCGUUGACCAAUUGAAUCCCGGAAUGACCGAGGCGCGAUGCACUCAUUCUAGCGACAGAGAGCAAUUCGCCACUGAGGUUUGUUCUCUGAUUCAGGUGGACAUGAUCAGAUUAAGAACCGGCCAUUUUACGCUCUUGUUCGUGUGCUC